GUUCCCCCGUUUCCUCCGCGUCGCCCUUCCUCUACCCCGAUGCUUCUCCGUCAGGGAGCACGCUUCCUUCUCUUCCCUCGCUCUCGUUAUCUAACAUCGGCUGUGACGACAUGGACGAUCACCCAUCACUUCUACUGUCACCGACGCAUGAGGACUCGCUGCUCUGCAAGGGGCGGCGAUACUCAGCGCUCUUUCACCCCGAGCACAUGCUCAACCCGUACUUUGUCCGCAACUAUCGUCUCGAGGACGAGCUCGGCGCUGGCGGAUAUGGCUUCGUGAUGACCGCGCGGCAUCGGAGUGAAGGGCACGAGGUCGCCGUGAAGUUCAUCAUCAAGGACAAGGUGCCAGAGCACGCGUGGUGGGAGGACGAGAUGUUCGGGCGCGUACCCACCGAGGUCAUGCUGCUCAGCCUCGUGAACCACGAGAACAUCGUGCGGUGCCUCGACCUGUUCGAGGAUGAAGUGUAUUUCUAUUUGGUCCAGGAGCUCCACGGAACGCCAUGGGUCUCGAAGAAGCAGAAGAUAGCGAAGCCGACGUCGGCCCCUGGGAAGCUCGCUGUCCCGACGCCAUCGACAACCCCGAUGCUUUCUCCUUCCCAUUCCAUCGACUCGACGCUCGACUUCGCGCCGCAUACACCUCCGCACGUUCCCAUCAAUGCAGGCGGUCUAGCGCCCGCUUCCCACGGGAAGCUCGCUGACAUCUCCAACUCGAGCGUGCACGACAGCCUCGAUGUUGGCUUGCUCAAGGCACCCCUCGAAAAGCCGGGCUUCGCGCGGCGCGCUUCGCACGAUCUGUUCGAAUGCAUUGAACAGAGCAAGCACAAACGACUCACCGAGAACGAGGCGCGCUACAUCUUCGCGCAGGUCGUGGAGGCAGUGUACUAUCUCGACAGCCAGGGCAUCACACAUUGCGACAUCAAAGACGAGAACCUCGUCGUCGACUCCGAGCUGAAGGUCAAGUUGAUUGACUUCGGCAGCGCAGUGGUCGCCGACCCAACGGCUCCCCGCCCGUACUACACCCUCUUCUUCGGCACUACGGCUUACGCGUCUUCCGAGAUCCUCCUGAAGAAACCUUACCAGGCACCUCCCGCGGAGGUCUGGACGCUGGGCGUGCUCCUGUCCUACCUUCUCACCGGUCACUCCCCCUUUCCCACCGAACAGGACGCCAAAGACGGACGCGUCGUCAUCCGGGAGCCGAAGUACGGCCGCUUGAGCAGGUCCUCCAUUAUGCUCAUGGCGCGCUGUCUGGAGAAGGACCCGCUUCUGCGCGCAGACAUCCACGAAGUCCGGAACCACCCGUGGUUGGACGGCGCUCUGGAGUGCCUUGGUCGCGAUUAGGGUGCUCCCAAAGCAUACCUGACGUGGUCUUCGAUGGACUCCUGCAUCCAUAUCAUUGCCACUCAUGUGCGUCUUCAUUUGGCGCCAUUCGGACCUAGAACUAUCAUUAUGUCGUACGCGUUCGAGUUUCCAUCGCAGUAUUCUUCCAUUCCUCGUCGUUCGUACCCUACACAUCGCAUACAAUUGAUACCCUCGCAUUAACCUUAUACAGAUUUGUCUACCCUCCACUGUCCACACUAUCAUCGCAUUCUACGACCACUUGCAUAUGUUCCUGUCCGCG